ACAAUGAAUGCUGCUACUCUCUAAAAAUGAAUGUAUCAAAGAGGAAAUAACCUCCUUGGCAUGCUUGCAGCUAUACAACGUAUUUGUUUCACUGCUUUCAACCGCCUGUGCUGGAGGCUCAGAAUAAGUCAAUGGGAGGAGGAUUUCAGUCACAGCAGCAAGCAAGUCUAGUGAACAGAUAAGAUGACAUGCUCGGCAAAAUAACAACGAAACCAGAGGGGGAACUCUCUGGCAUGCAAGUUCAAACACGACUCUACAACUACGGCAGAAAAAGAGAGAGAGAGAAACUAAAAAAUAUAUAUAUCCUAUUUUUUUCACAGCUAUCAGUUUCUUUCACUGAGCUUUCCUAAAUUUAAGCCUCUAGAAAUAAUAAAUACUUGGAUAUCUUACCUACAAACAUGGACAGAUGUGUGUACGCGCUCAUUUUAGAGAACUUGAAUUUUUUUUUUUUAAAGGAAGGUGUCAACUUUGGCUUUUGAGUGUUUGGCAUGGGUACAAUGCCUUAAAAAAACAGAUGAGCAGCUUAGCUACUAACCAUGCUGACCACUGUUCGGAACGGGAUUGAAUCACAGAAAAACAGCAAAUGGCUCUCUCUUACAGAGUGUCUGAACUUCAAAGCACAAUUCCUGAGCACAUUUUGCAGAGCACCUUUGUUCACGUUAUCUCUUCUAACUGGUCUGGAUUACAGACAGAAUCAAUACCAGAGGAAAUGAAACAGAUUGUUGAGGAACAGGGAAAUAAACUGCACUGGGCAGCUCUUCUGAUACUCAUGGUGAUAAUACCCACAAUUGGUGGAAAUACCCUUGUUAUUCUGGCUGUUUCGCUGGAGAAAAAGCUGCAGUAUGCUACUAAUUACUUUCUAAUGUCCUUGGCGGUGGCUGAUUUGCUGGUUGGAUUGUUUGUGAUGCCAAUUGCCCUCUUGACAAUAAUGUUUGAGGCUAUGUGGCCCCUCCCACUUGUUCUAUGUCCUGCCUGGUUAUUUCUUGACGUUCUCUUUUCAACUGCAUCCAUCAUGCAUCUCUGUGCCAUUUCAGUGGAUCGUUACAUAGCCAUCAAAAAGCCAAUCCAGGCCAAUCAAUAUAACUCACGGGCUACAGCAUUCAUCAAGAUUACAGUGGUGUGGUUAAUUUCAAUAGGCAUUGCCAUUCCAGUCCCUAUUAAAGGGAUAGAGACUGAUGUGGACAACCCAAACAAUAUCACUUGUGUGCUGACAAAGGAACGUUUUGGCAAUUUCAUGCUCUUUGGCUCACUGGCUGCCUUCUUCACACCUCUUGCAAUUAUGAUUGUCACCUACUUUCUCACUAUCCACGCUUUACAGAAGAAGGCUUACUUAGUCAAAAACAAGCCACCUCAACGCCUAACAUGGUUGACUGUGUCUACAGUUUUCCAAAGGGAUGAAACACCUUGCUCGUCACCGGAAAAAGUGGCAAUGCUGGAUGGUUCUCGAAAGGACAAGGCUCUGCCCAACUCAGGUGAUGAAACACUUAUGCGAAGAACAUCCACAAUUGGGAAAAAGUCAGUGCAGACCAUUUCCAACGAACAGAGAGCCUCAAAGGUCCUAGGGAUUGUGUUUUUCCUCUUUUUGCUUAUGUGGUGUCCCUUCUUUAUUACAAAUAUAACUUUAGUUUUAUGUGAUUCCUGUAACCAAACUACUCUCCAAAUGCUCCUGGAGAUAUUUGUGUGGAUAGGCUAUGUUUCCUCAGGAGUGAAUCCUUUGGUCUACACCCUCUUCAAUAAGACAUUUCGGGACGCAUUUGGCCGAUAUAUCACCUGCAAUUACCGGGCCACAAAGUCAGUAAAAACUCUCAGAAAACGCUCCAGUAAGAUCUACUUCCGGAAUCCAAUGGCAGAGAACUCUAAGUUUUUCAAGAAACAUGGAAUUCGAAAUGGGAUUAAUCCUGCCAUGUACCAGAGUCCAAUGAGGCUCCGAAGUUCAACCAUUCAGUCUUCAUCAAUCAUUCUACUAGAUACACUUCUCCUCACUGAAAAUGAAGGUGACAAAACUGAAGAGCAAGUUAGUUAUGUAUAGCAGAACUGGCAGUUGUCAUCAAACAUAAUGAUGAGUAAGAAGAUGAAUGAGAUGUAAAUGUGCCAAGAAUAUAUUAUAUAAAGAAUUUUAUGUCAUAUAUCAAAUCAUCUCUUUAACCUAAGACGUAAGUAUUAAGAAUAUCUAAUUUUCCUAAUUUGGACAAGAUUAUUCCAUGAGGAAAAUAAUUUUAUAUGGCUACAAAUGAAAACAAUCCAGCACUCUGGUUAAAUUUUAAGGUAUUCGAAUGAAAUAAAGUCAAAUCAAUAAAUUUCAGGCUUUAAAAAGAA